AUGGACCCAACCAACAAUAUACCUAAUAUCUCGGUGCCUUCACGACCUCGGAAACAUUCACUACCGCCUCAUGAAUCAACAUCCAGUAAUCCUCCUCGCCACAACUCCAUAGUAGAAAUCGUAUCCGAUGAAGAACCAGAAAUAAUAGAUCUAGAUAACGAACCAGAGCCAGAUUCCAGUUUCAACAAUGAAGUGGAGAUUGUCAGUGUCAAUACAGAAAACCCCACGCCUAUAACAGAGAAUAUCUCAAGUGUAAAUUCAUUGUUUGUUCCUGAGGAAACGGGUGACGCAGAUUUGCAAGAUGAUGUAGAAAUCACAAAUGUGCGACGAAUAGGAAAUAAUCACCACAAUCAUCACACAGUACACACUCCAUUUGGACAAUUUCGAGUGUUUAUGCCUGAUAGAAGACCCGUACAGCAGCAUGAACCUAUAGUGGUGCAUCCGCCCCAACGGGCUACCUUGCGACGAUUAGCACAUCAACCGUUGGAGUCACUGAGACGAGCAGCACAGCAACGAAUGCAACAAUCACGCUUAGCUAGAGACAGCAGACGACAUAUACAGGCACGACCACCGGGACCACCACUUAUACUGCGAAUCCUUAAUUUUGGUCGUCCUUUUCACAUACUUCCGUUUCGGAACCAUCCAGACCCCGAAGAAAUAGCAUACUUUCAGAAUAUGAUGGACGCUAUGGAAGGCAUUGGAAGUGGUGGAUUUGAAUCUAAUGCGGUGGAAGAAUCAAUAUUACGAAGGAUAGAACGUGAUAAUGAACGUGACUUAAAUGAACGAUUACAACGAGAAACCCUGUAUAAUAAUAAGGCAUUACAAGAGAAGAAAAAAUUGGCUGCUAACCACAACGAACAAACCCGUCAUGUUACUACUAUUAAAUCAGAUGAGAAUCUCGUAUGUGAAUUGUGUGGGAUUGUAUUGGGUGAAGGUAUACCUGAAGAUUUUGCGGCUGACCCAGCCUAUAAUGAGCAUUUUGAUAAGUAUACUGGACAAUACCAGGUUCAAGCUCCUUGGUUCUGCAUAUACCCCAUGACUCAAGUGGACAAGGAGUUGUCAAAGAGAAUAUUUGUAGCUAAAUGCGGACAUACAUUUUGUGGAAGAUGCGUCAAGAAUAUUGGUAAUAGACCUCGACGCACUAAGGCUACUCGUCUGGGUUUAACAAUAUUAAAUCCAAGUAUAUUUGCCCCUUCGAAAUGUCCCGAAACAAAAUGUAUGAAAAAGUUUACUGCAAAAGGCUUUACUGAAGUAUACUUUUAG